CAGAGCAUUAAACGGAUUCGUUACAACUUUCUAAUCGAUCGGAAAGAAGCAUUCAAAGAAAACAUCAUCUUCAAAAUGAGUUUUCGUUCUUUACAGGAGGAUUGUGUACAAGAAAAGGACGACGUCCUCAUGAACAGGGCACGAUGUUAUCGAAGGUCGAACUCAACACCCAUUAUUUGUGAACAAGUGAAGAAAGAUAUAAAUGCAACAGACAGCAAAGGACGAACAUCUUUAUACUUUGCUGCAAAAUAUGGCAAUAAGGAGUUACUUCGUCAUUUAUUGGAACUUGGCGCCGAUCCUAAUAUUCCUGAUAGUACAUUAACAUUCCCGAUACAUGAAGCAAUCGACAACGCAUUUAUGGACAUUGUGGAACUUUUAAUUGAUUAUGAUUGUGAUGUCAACUGUAAGAAUCUUCUUGGUCAGACGCCUCUCAUCAGAUCCACUUUGUUUGGGGAUAUUGAUACAGCAAAACUUCUGAUAAAAUCAGGUGCUGAUUUGGAUGAAAUCGAGUGUACCGGAAAGACAGCAUUACUAGUUGGUCUGCGAGAAGGUAACGAUAAAAUAUGCAACCAUUUAAUUCGAUACGAAUGUGAUGUAAACAUUAUGGAUAAUAUUGGAUACAGUGCUUUAUACUUGGCAGUUCAUAGGUCAAGUGAACCAUCCAUUACGAUGUGUCAAAAGCUUUACAAAGCCGGAUACGAUUUCGAAAAUGACUGUCACUGGUUAUCAAAAGAUCUUCACAGAAUCAUCACACAAACAGGACUUAUAUCAAGUAUGCUACAGAAACUUGGACUUAAACAAAUCAGACUUGAAAAUGAAGACACACACUUUGAUAUUAGAGAUAGUUUGCUCACGGACUCAUGUUCACGUAUGAUAUGAAAUUACCAUAUGUUUUGAAUGUUAAAACAGACUUCCAUGGCCAUAUUACAAUUGGUUUAUCGUUUUCGAAUGCAUUUCGCAGAUAGAACAAAUGUGUGUCAUGGAUUGCGAGUUCUUAAAAUGACAUUUACAGAAGCCUUGUUUUACCAGUUCUCAUUAACCAACAAACUAUCAGGACUUUAAAUAGCUAUAUAUAAACAACAAGAACAGCUAUAGUACACAUGUAUUAGUUAAUUUUCAUAGUGUACUUCCAGAUUGAUCGAUAAGACGUAUUUAAUUUAAUCUAUUUAUAUAACUGAGGCAUUGUUGACAAUGAGAUCUGUGUUAAAAACGGGAACUGCAUAAAUGAUUUCUGCUUUCCAAUGGUGCUUGUAAUUUAAUUUAUUUGCGUGUUAAUUUAUUGUACUUGUGUAUGCAUUCUUAUAAUUCAGAAAUAAAUGAAUAAAAUAAA